AUUCGAAAAUAUUUUUUGUUUUUAGUGGUUUGUCGCUGAAAUUUUAAUAUUUGUAUGGAAAGGUCUUAUUGGAUGGCCAUUAGAUUGGACAAUAUAUGAAUUAAUAAUAUAUGCAAAUCUUACUGAACAAUUAUUUCAUAUAUUAUGUGGAUUUUUAUUAACAUUAAUAUCCAUUAUAUCACUUCUUUAUUGGACAAUAUGGCAAUGGCUUGUAUUAAAACUUGAAUUUGUUCUUGGUUGUAGUCAACUUGGAUUUUGUUUAUUUGAAUUAAUUCUUGUAAUAACAGCAUUUAUGUCUUUUUGUAAGAAACCAACAAAACAAAAGACAGCUUAA